UUAUCAAAUAUCCAUAAUCCCAAAAACAACCACUAACCCACAUACCCUCUCUUCACAUUUGAAAGAAAACUGAUAUUGUAAUCGGAGUUGCAGCGAUGGCAGCCAUGAACUCUGGUGUUUUGGCAUGCAACUAUGCCAUCUCAGGGGCUGGAUCGUCCGAUCUUAAUGCCAAGCUUGCUUCCAUGCCUUCUGUUGCAUCCCCAGUUGUGCCAUCUCGCAAGUUGCCUGUGAUAAGAGCCCAACAGGCUUCAGUCUCUGAACCAAAAGAAUCAAAAAGGAAUGAAGGAAGAAGGGCUGCUCUGCUUUACCUGACAGCAACCCUCUUCACAACUGCUGCUGCUGCCUCCAAUUCCUCUGCCACUGCUGGGGUUAUCGACGAAUACCUUGAAAAGAGCAAAGCUAACAAGGAACUGAAUGACAAGAAGAGGUUGGCCACAAGUGGAGCAAACUUUGCACGGGCUUAUACAGUUCAAUUUGGGACAUGCAAGUUCCCUGAGAACUUCACAGGGUGCCAAGAUCUUGCCAAGCAAAAGAAAGUGCCAUUUAUUUCUGACGAUUUGCAGUUGGAAUGCGAAGGGAAGGACAAAUACAAGUGUGGUUCCAAUGUUUUCUGGAAAUGGUAAAAAGGGCAGUCUUUUACCCUUUGCUAGUAAUUUCCCCCCACAAAUGUACCUAAAUUUCUAUUGAAGAAACUCUACAUCAUUGUGUUUUGCAAUCCUCUUUCUCAAUUUCAGCUUUGUUUCUAAAUACCCAAUUAAUGUUUGUUUUCCUAGACUCGACAGAGAAAACUAAAGUGAGUUUCACUUUUAGAUGCCGGUUUAUAGAAAAUUUCCUACAACCUAGUUGGUAAUAAAUUUCUGUCCAUUUGUUGAUAUGUCAA